UUUAUUUGCAUCUGGCAACUCCAGCGUGUUUUGUUGUUUGUGGCUGGAUUUUCUCAAAUAAAUUUAAUGCAAAAAAUGGAUGUGGAGAAGAUAUGCCGCACUUGCCUCAGUCUAACAGGACCCCUCAUGUCGAUCUACGACGAUGGCACCGGCAGCUGCCUCGUAGACAUGUUGGGCGCUUUCACCAAGACCAAGCCGCGUCGCGAAGACAAUUUGCCAGCCAGAGUCUGUCUCAAGUGUAUCAGCGACAUCAAUCACUGCUACUCCUUUAAGCUCAAGUGCGAGAACUCCAAUCGCACGCUGCGCCAGCUGAUACCCAAUGCGUUGCCCGAGGAGUCUGAUGUUGUCGUCGAAGCGAAGCCAGCGGUGAUCACAAAAGAUGCCACAGCGCAGACAAACGCUGUCACCACCAGCACAAGUGAAGCACAAACUGAUGCAGCUGUUGAGGAGCACAACCAAAGCAACGAGAAGCCGACAACGGUGCUCGCCUUUGAACCCGAGGGCGUAGAAGAGUUCGAUUACGAAUUUUCCGAUGAGCAGGAUGUGCUGCCGUCGAAGGACAGUGCCGAGAACAUCAUACUGCAUCAAUGGAUCUGGCGACACUUACAUUGCUCCAGAACCAGCGCCAACUCUCUCUCGCAGAUGACAACACGCAAGAGCGCAUCCAAAUUGCUGCAACAACAGCAGCAACAGGAUCAAGAGGAGCAACAGCAGGAAACUCCUUUGGCGUCAUCUGCAAAGCGGAGCACACGUCGUCGCACCGCAGCCAAAAUGGAUGAACAAGCUGAUGAUGAAGUGAGUCAAGCAAAGCGGCAAGCUACUGAGCUAGAGGAUCCCAAAGCCAAUUUCCACUGUGAUCGCUGCAAUGCGGGCUUUGUGUUGGAGAAGUCACUCAUCAUACACAGACGGCAAAAUGGAUGCACGAAUCGGAGUUUCAAGUGCAACGAAUGCGAGCGAGUUUUUGUCUCGUUGAACCAUUUAAACGAGCAUCAGGCGACGCAUGCGGCGCACAAUUGCCAGGAGUGCGGCUCACGCUUUGACUCCAGAGAGCAGCUGGGCAGGCACAUGGUACAGUCGCACAAGCGCAAUCUGCGCAACCAGUGUAACGUGUGCCAGAAGGUCUUUACCAUGCUCUCGACAUUGCGCGAUCACAUGCGCAUCCACACCGGCGAAAAGCCUUUUGUGUGCAACGUGUGCGGCAAGGGCUUCACCCAGAAUGCCAAUCUCCGACAGCAUAAGCUGCGCCACUCCGACAUUAAGCGCUUCAAGUGCGAGCUGUGCAGUAAUUCGUUUGUGACCAAGGCAGAGCUCACAUCCCACGCGCGCACACACACUGGCGUCAAGCCGUACGAGUGUGAGGUGUGUUCCUCGAGAUUCACCACCAGCUGUUCGCUGGCCAAGCACAAGCGUAAGCAUACAGGCGAGCGACCGUAUCCCUGUGAUCUGUGUCCCAUGCGCUUCACCGCACUCAAUGUGCUCAAGAAUCAUCGACGCACCCACACCGGGGAGCGGCCAUUUGUGUGUCCAUUUUGCUCGAAGAGCUUCACGCAGCGUGGCGACUGUCAGAUGCAUCAGCGGACGCAUCAGGGCGACAAAAUCUACAUUUGUCCCGUGUGCAGCGAGGAAUUUAAGUCGAUGCACGACAUGCGCUCCCACAUAACGUUGCACGAGCAGCAGGACAAACGUUUGGCGCACUUUACGCUGUUGAGCAACAAGGAGAAUGGCAAUGCGGCGACAGAGACACGAGACGAGGACUCCGAUGCGGUCGAGGCGGACAUGAUGUAGAAACUAUGAAAUAAUGACGGAUUCUAUUUGUUAGAAUUUCCUUAGACUUUAAUUUUAGGCUUACACACUGUAGUUAUUAAAAAUGCUUAUGCUGAAUCGAUCGAUAUA